AGACUGGCGUCUGUAAUUCUACAGCUGCGGAGUUUGAGGAUGGAGCAUCUGUACUGCUCAUGUGGCUGUAAAAGGAAACCGUAAUCAUUCUCGGUCACUGACAUCUUCUGAAAGAGCUCGUUGGGGAGGCGCUGGAUUUCUUUAUUCCGCGCGAAUUUUCUACAGGAAUCAUUUAACGUUAGAUCCACAGGUCUUUAGAUUCACGAUAAUCGCCAUGGAAAUGCAGCGUCCGCUUCUGGUUAAAGACGUUGACGGAUGUUUGCAUCUCGGAAGACUCAAUCUGAAACGCCGCCCUGUUGUUAGAUCUCCCAGUAUGUCAACUCACAUGAGGCUUGUGUUGUGUUUGCUAUUGCUCUUCAUAUUUGCUGUUCAGGAGGUCAGACUGGUGUGUGUGGAUGUGCCAUCAGACACAGAGGCCACCGUAGGCGGUGUUAUGAAGUUAACCUGCAUCUACUGCAUGAAACGAGAAGAGAUCUCUGCCAAGACCAAAGUGGGCUGGUUCUACAACGGUUCUGUGUCAGAUUACAGAAGAAUGCUUAUCUAUCAGUAUGAUCAUGAGCCGCAGGAGCCAGAGGACGCAGAAAUGUACUGGAAGGGCCGUCUGAGAUGGAACGGCAGCAAGGACCUGCAGGACAUCUCCAUUAGCAUCAUAAAUGUCACCGCAAAUGACUCUGGCAUAUACGAAUGUGAGGUGUCACGCUUCUUUGAGUUCGAUUCAUUCAAGCAUACCACCAACAAGAAAAUCACCAUUGAACUGAAGGUAAAAAUGCAAGCAAGUAUAGACACCACAGCGCUGUACUCCGAGAUCAUGAUGUAUGUGCUGCUGGUGUUUCUCACAUUCUGGUUGCUGGUGGAAAUGAUCUACUGCUACAGGAAGAUCUCCAAAUCAGAGGAGCUGGCUCAGGACACUGCGACAGACUACUUAGCCAUUCCUUCUGAAAAUAAAGAAAACCCGGGUCCCGCUGUAACGGAAUAAAAGUCUCACACCUUUACGGUACUGACGAUUCUUAAUAGCAACCAGUUUAAAAUGGAGACCAGGCACUGAUCUUGUUCUGACACUGCUCUGAGAAACCAGGAAAACCUGCCAAAUCAAAUCCCUCUCAUCUUGAUAAUGUGAUGCGUGGAACAAACUCUCGACUGCUUCAUUAUCUCCUGCUGCCUCAGUGGAGGUCAGCAGUAACACACGUCUAAUCAGACUGAUCAGGAUCUGCAUGUGUCCGUCCUCAACUCUUGCCUUAGUAGAGACACAAAUACAGCAGCCCAGAGCUGAAGAGCUAUCAUACUGCCUAUAGACGCACUUUUCUUAAUCAAAUGUCAAUCAUUGCUGUCACAGUGCCCAUGUGAGCCUUUCCCUCUUUGGUAUACGCUGUUCUUACUCUUUUGAUAGAAAUAGAUGAAGAUAAGUCUGGAUUCUAAUUAGACUUGGUUUUUAUUGUAUUUUCUAUACAAGGAACCCCUUUGUAGUAUUUUGGGUUUUUAUUACUUUUUAUUUAAAAAACAAACAAACUCCGCUUUGCCACUUUGCAAUCAGUCAUCAGUGAAACGGUGGCAGGUAAACAGCUGUAAUGAGGAGUUACGUGUACAGCAGUGUCAUUUGUUUACAUUGGUCAUAGCAGUCAGUUUGUCUUCUGCAUCUUGCAGCAUUAAAGCCAGAUUAAUACUGAACAGCAUAAUUAUGACAUUAUUCAAACAAUGGCAGUUUGUACUGAAGCCACAUUGCCUAACCUGUUGUUAUUGUUCAGUGAUGUUCAGCAGCAGCAGUGAGUAAUCUGUACACUUUAAACACUUGCUUUAUAAUUCUACACACUCCUUUCAGAUUGACUGUGAACAGUUGUUGGAACUAAUAACAAAAUCUGUUCAGCUGUUUAAAGAACAUUUGGCUAUGUGUUUGUAUUUCCUUUUUCCACUGUUGCUAUAAUGAAUUUAUAGAUUUGGAUAUUUCAUGUAUUAUUUCUAUUGGUGCCGGCUUGCCGCUGUUAACUUUGCCUUUUGCAUUGUUUUAUAUAGGUCACAGUUGCUGCCACAGAAACAAUGCGCUUGCUCUACCCUGUUAUGAUAGAGCUGCUCAUCACUUGUCAAAGCUUGUCAUGUAUAUUAAACCAGGUGAUGCAUUCCAAAAAA